CCGGGGCGAAAUUGAGCGGCACCAGUUGCACGAUGAGCCUCAGCAGGGACUCGUCCCGCUCGGACAGCGCCGACUCAGACGAGCCCAGGACGCCCAGGAGGAAAAGGUCCACCUACGAAACCAGGUUCCUCGCCGACCUGGGCCCUUUCCACGACAUUGGAUUUUUCAUUGGCCAAAACGAUGCAGACCUGCAGCUGGUGACCUGUCACAAGUUGGCGCUGGCCAGAGUGAGCGACGUGUUCGCCCACAUCUUCUACCGUCCGGACAACCCAUUGGACGACGACGAGCCCAUCUUCGUGCAAGACAUUUCCCCUGUGGCCUUUGAGUCGAUGUGCGGGUUCGCGUACACCGGCGAGAUGUACGUGGAGACUUUCGACGAGUGCUGCGGCCUGUUGUACGCUGCCAAAAAGUACAACUUGUGCGAGGAGCUGCGGAACCAGUGCAGGGCCUACUUGUGGGCCAACAUUUACCCCAACAAUGUGUGGCUCUGCCUCGACUUCGCGCGGGACAACGACGAGCCGCAGUUGUAUCAAACGGCUCUGCAAAUUUUGCAACUGAAAACGUCCAAACUUUUGAUGAGAGAAAAGUUCCGCAAGGUGUCCGAGAGCAGUCUGGUGACGCUGCUGCAGCAAGAAAAUCUGUCGAUUGCGUCCGAGUACGAGUUGUACGACGCGUGUCUGCGGUGGGCCGAGCGGCAGAUGGACAAGCGGCAACUGACCAAUUCGCGGGACACGGUGCGCCACCUGCUGCGUCCCGUUUUGCCGCACCUCCGCCUCCUGGCCAUGAGCGACGAGGAACUCAACCAGGGCCCGCUGGCCGACGACGUCCUGACGGACGACGAGGCCGUCGCCCUCUUCAACCGGACGGAGGUGGACGGCCUGUGUCCGACGAGGGAGGAGCGCGGACAGCCGCGGGUGGACAGCUUCUGUGCGUUCGCCUUCAGCGACGAAAUGUUUCUGCUGCACUUGGAAUCCGAGUACUUUGAAAACACCUACGACGUCUUUGCGAUGGCCUUUUCCUCCAGCGGCGACUUCUUUUCCACCCAGCUGGGUGUCGUCAUCCCUACCCAAAUUCGCCCCAAAGACUGCACCGACGACACGUACGACGAGGACCUGACCGUCUUCCUGUACAACUGCACCAAAGGUGAAAUGCUGUCCAUCACCAGGUUCAAGGGCGAGGUGCGUUUUGACUCGCAGGUGGAGGUGCCCUUUCGGCAGCCGGUGCAGCUCAAGAGCAAAAGGGUGCGCAAAGUGGCCAAGGUCGUUUUCCACAGGGCGGGCACCUACCCUGCCAGGUACCCGCUGGAAGAGGGCAAGGACGGCGAGCUCAGGGUGGCGACCUUCGCCGGCCACGAAAAGGUCAAAUUGUGGCACAAAAGGUCGUACAAUUUCAUCCACUUUUGCGCUUACACUGUCGACUCCAGCACCACAGACAAGGGAGAUUAAUUAAGAGUAAAUUUGUAAAAAAAAUUAACUUUUUAAGUUACAUAACAGAAUUAUUACGUAAUUUGCUGGUUUUCAGAGGAGAAAAGCUGCUGAAAAAUUUAAUGAUUAUUGAAAAAUCUUUUUCAAUUGCACCUUGUAAUGAUGCUUAAAGCUAUCACUGAUAAGUGGUUUCAGCUUAAAUUAAUAUCCCAUUUUUUUCUUAUCAAUAUAAAAUUGAAACCCUGUUCGAAAUUAGAUAAAAAAUUUAUUUAUAGAAAAACCUUUGAAACAAACUGGGAUAGGUUUUCUUUGCUGACAAUUUAUUUUCCAUUUUUAAUAUUAGUUAAAUUAUUCACCAAUUUCCUACUUAACCUGUGAUAGUACCUGAGAAAGGUUUUCCUAUUUUAUUAUUAUUAUUACAUCACCAAAAAAUAUUCCUGUAUUCAGAAAUUCCAAUUGUAAGGAAAUAAAAUAAGAAUAAACCCAAA